AUGGUGUGGAUGCAACUUGGAAUGCGGCACUUUGUCUUGCACAUGCUCUGUGAUCAAGAGAGAGCAAAGAUAGUCCAAAGAUUGCAUGUGGGUGAUUGGUGUGAAUGUGUGAUGAAGAAUAGACCAAAAUCCCCACACCAUUCACAAAAACGUAGAGAAGAUGGGGUGCCCCACCAAGUUGCAAAUAUUGAGUUACUUCCUGCAAGUUUAUCCAUUUCCAUCCCUUUCACUGAUCUUCCUUUCCAUGUGAUAUUCAAUAUAAAGCUAAGAAUGCAUUCAUUCUAUUCGUCAAAAUUUGUGGCUUGGUGUGACCCAAGGAAAAUAUCACCUCCUUCUAACAAAGACACAUUGGAUGUAUUGGUCAAAGGAUACUUUAAUUUUCAGUAG